GCUACACCUCAAAACGACAAUUUUGAACCAACUACUAUAAACAUUAAUAAGUACGUGUUUAUAAUAAAAUUUUUAAAGAAAUUAGACAAAUUCAAACAUAAAUCAACACAGUUCUAUUUCGACAACUAAACAGGACGGUCAUAAGGUCAUUAACUUGAAGUAAACUAUAUGCUUGGAAAAUUUCAGCAAACUAUUGGUACUUUUUCCGUUUCCUGUUUUUGAAUCCAACUUUUUUAAAGAAAUAUUUUUCCAAUGCUCCUCUCUAACUGACAAGAACACCGAGAAAGCAUUUUCAUUCUUGCAAUAUAUGCUUACGUGUACAUAUUUUGAAUAUAAGCUUUACGAGGAUACUCUAAUCUUUAUGUUCUUACUUGGUUUUUUUUUUUCUUGUCCCUUCUGUUAGAUAUCUUUGCGUCGUCUCGCUAAGAGUAUUAAUUUGUGGAGUACAGUUAUAAAGAUCAAUGCCUGCUUGUUAUUCUUCUGAUUGUUUGCCUUUACCUUCCAAAAAUGAAAAGCUUAAGCAUUUUCGGGCUUUCAAUAACGAACGGUCUUGUCCUCAAAGUACCGAACUUAGUUUUCUCAAUCAUGUAUUCCACCAUUUAAGAACUGUUCGAACAAAACGACCACAUUCAUAUCUUCCUUUAUAUAGCUCUCCCUUGAGAAACAGGGUUCCUUAUGAUGAUGAUUCUGUCUUGACUGACUACGAUCAAACUUCUUUAACAUUGAAAGAUCAGUAUCGCGUUUGGCUAUCACUUUCCAAGAAAUCUAUAUACUCCAAUUAUUUUGGUUCCUUUUUGAAUUUUCGCUUGCAAAGCAAACGAAAUACGUUUCGGGGAAGAUUUAUUGGCUCAUAUGAAGAAUCUCUUUUGAACUGUAAAAUGCCUCUUAAUCCUUCUCAAUGCUUUCCUUUUGUAGUCGAUAUUGGUGUUGUGUCUCGGUGUAAAUGUGAAUCUUCAUUGAUAUGUCCUUCUCAUCUAAAGAUGCGGUUUCUGUCUAUUUUUUAUUCAUCUGAUGAUAAUGAUUUUCAGUCACCUUAUGUUGGUCAGUUCUACAUACCUAAGUAUAGAACUCACAAAAAUUCAAAAAGCAAAGCCCCAGCUUACGGAUAUCAAAUUCCUCAAGUCGGUCAGUUACAAGUGAUGAUAAAAAGAUUGGAUGGUACACUCAUUAAAAUCUUUUUGGUACAUUACGAUCUUACUGAUAUGCCUAGUGAGUCAAAAACGUCCCUACGCCAAUUCAUAUAUCUUGAUUUACUUCGUGAUAAUGCAGCGUACUCUUCGACAUCUUUGAGAUAUGGGGUCCAUCUACAGAUUUGCUCUCCUUCUGAUAAUCGCUAUUAUCUAUGUGAAACUCAAAGGGUGAUAUUUUCAGGUUGGUCUUUCCAGAAUUCAAACAAUACAGUAGUGGUUAACAAGCAAACUUAUCCUAAAUAUUGUUCGUGGAAUGAUAUUCCAUUUUCUAUGAAUUUACCAAGAAAAAUUUGACAAGAAAGUAUUCCGAAUGAUUGAAUCCACUUGUAUAAUUUCCUCAUGAUUUUCUUUUUUCUUGGGCCUCUUGCUAUCUGUUUGCCUUCCUGGGAGGGCAUACAAAAUGGUAAAUUUAUGUUAUUUAUUUUUCAUGAUUUAAUUAGUAUAUGUAAGUUUUAUUCUUUAAUUAUAUAGUAUUAUAUAAAAAUUUCAUUUGAACCCAGA